CAAACAUGACUUGUGAACUUAACCUAUUGUUUCGUAUCCUUAGAAUUGUAGGGCUCAUACAGGUUACAACAUUUGUAGUAUGUGGUGAACCACAAGUUCCAUGUUACUUCAUAUUUGGAGACUCAUUGGUUGAUAGCGGCAAUAACAACGCACUCCCAACGAUAGCUAAAGCCAAUUAUCAGCCUUAUGGGAUUGAUUUUCCACAAGGUGUCAACGGUAGAUUCACCAACGGCCGAACCAUGGCAGACAUCAUCGGUCAACUUCUAGGUUUUCCUAAGUUCAUUCCACCUUAUGCUACCGCAACUGAUCAAGAGAUCAGCAUUGGAGUAAACUAUGGUAGUGGUAGUGCUGGUAUCAGAGAGGAAACUGGAAGUCACCUGGGUGAUCGGAUUAGCUUGGAUAGACAACUAGUUAACCAUGAAAAAACAAUUUCGCGCCUAUCAGCCUUGCAGAGUAACAAGACAUUUACGGAUGAAUACCUGAAGAAAUGCAUUUACUUGUCAAAUAUAGGAAGCAACGACUACAUUAAUAACUACCUGUUACCGAGCAUUUAUCCUACGAACAAAACAUAUACUCUUGAUCAAUAUGCAGUGGUUCUUGAACAACAGUAUUCUCAACAACUAAAGACGAUAUACAAUUUGGGAGCUAGGAAGAUUGCUGUGUUUGGUCUUGCUGAAAUAGGGUGCACCCCAAUUGAGAUAACAAGGUUUGGCACCAGCGGGAAACUUUGCGUAGAGUGGAUUAAUAACGGGAUUAAGCUAUUUAAUGACAAUCUUACAAGACUUGUUGAUGAUCUCAACUCUAAUUAUUCAGAUGCAAGAUUCACUUUCCUCAACGUUACUAGUCUAGCUGCACCAUUGGGAGAUCUACCAUUACCAACUACUCCUUGUUGUACUCAACUAAGGGAUGAUGGACAAUGUGUUCCUAAUUCAAGUCAUUGUCUUGUUAGGGAUUCGACUCUUUUCUUUGAUGGUUUACAUCCCACCGAAAUCGCGCAUCAGGUGAUUGCAACAAGGUCAUAUAAAUCAUUGCUUCCCACGGAUACAUAUCCAUAUGAUAUUAGUCAUUUGGCUCGACUUUAA